CUUGGCAGAUGCACAUCUGUGAGGAUUAGGCCAAGGAUUAGACAGGAUGAUGACAAAGCCAAGACUUCUUCCCUCCUCUCACACUAUUAGCUCCUGCACCGUGACUCCAACCUGACAAUAAUGAGAGGAAAACAAACGGGGAGACUGGAGCCAUUGUUAUGUGCUUCAUAACUAUUUUACUGUUCACUUGCAUUGGAUGAAGCUAAAAACCAGGGAUACUUUCCUAAAAAUGUUAAAUCUUGUUCUGAUGAAGAAAGAAGGUCAUAUACAUCUUGGAUGGCCUGAGGGUGAGUAAAUUAUCAGCAAAUUUUCAUUUUUCUGUGAACUUUUCCUUUAAAUGUGACUGAAAUGUUUAUUAAAAAGUUAUUUAAUAGCAGGUAUCCACAACUUACCCUGCUGUUGGUUUCCCUGGGUAAUAAUGUUGGAAACAAUUUUUUGCCUUUAAGGUAUGUGCCUAUAUAGAAAUUAACUUUCUAAAAUUCACUUAAUUCAUGAAAUAUUCACUGGAGUAAAAAACGAACUUGUCGUGCUCUCCCUUAUAUUAUUAGGUGUUGAUCUUAACCCAUUUAUUCUCUAUCUGUUCAGUGUGGAAUUCCUCUCAUUGCAUUGUCAGACACUCAAUGAAUUAUUAAGGUCAUAUAAGGUCAAUAAACAGAAGUAUGAUGCCACUUUAAUGUUAAUAGAGAGGGAGAAAGAGAGAGAUUUAUAGAGAUAGAUAUAAUGUAGGCCUACUCAAGGGUGUCUUAUACAUUUUUAGAGUGACAUUCACACAGUGCCCUAACAUGUCCAGUCAAACAUUAUUUUGAAUAUUUCAUUAACAGAUCCAGUAAAUAUUUACAUUAAUUUUGGCUUACAUUAAUAUUAUGAACAUCUUUGUCAUAAGCAAACAGACUUUGAGACCAAACCAAUUAUAUUUACCUUCCCUGUCAAAGACUUGCUAAUUACUUAAAAAGCUUAAGUCGGGCAGAAAGAGGCAGUUCAGUGACCUUUACCCUUGUUCGAAUAAUCCUCUCUCAGGAAAAUAACUAUAUCCACUAUGGGUUUAAUUUAAAGCAACAUACAUACACUCUACACUCAACACUUUAGUCACACAAUAACACCAGACUGCAUACUCAAUUAACUUAAAAAGAUGAACUGAAAGAAUUAAAUGUUAUCUGAAUUUUAUGAAUUCUUUUUUCUGAUUCCAACAGUGCUGAUUUUGGGUGAAUGAAUUCAAGACAUCAGAGGUCAGAUUCUGUGCUUAAAUCUGCUGAACACACAAACGGAAGGUUUAGCAAGUAGUAAAUCUUGAAGCCCUUACUUGUGUAUAGAUUCUGUACUGCUUGAGCCCUGUAGAUACUGUACCUAAUCUAAUGACUAUAUACACUAGAUGGGACUGGUGUAACUGUGCACAAAACAGCUUGACCUAUUUCUCCAUAAUACUGUAGCCAAAAUGCCAAGUGUCAAACACAAGAAAAAGAAAGUCAAGAAGGAGAUCAAUGAAGCGGAGGAAACAGAAGCUGGGCCAGAGCCAGCUGUAGAAAUGGAGGGUCUUGAGAGUCACAGACAGUCUGAUAGCAGAGAGCCACUGACCCCUGAACCUCAGGAGAAUCCACCACUGAAAAAGAAGAAGAAAAAGAAGGCUCCUGCUUUAGAUCAUGUCAGUGAACAACAACAAGACCUUGCUAAUGGAGAUGUUCAAGAGACCCAUAUAGAUGGUGAGGAAGUUACCAAAAAAACAAAGAGGAAACGGAAGGCCAAGAUGUUGGAGAACCACUCCCAUAAUGAGCUAGGUGUGGAAGAUGACAUCAUCACUGAUGUGCACGCACCGAUUUCCCAAUGUUCUCUAUUCUCUGCGCCUCUGUAUCACAGCCAUCCAAUCAGAAAAGCGUUUGUAGAAAAGAACCGCCGGUUCCAGGCCAAAGAUCAUUUGGACUUAUCCCAUGACCAGCUGGAGGAGUACAUGGAGGCCAGACCCAUGUUGAAUACACGAGAUGUUGCCAUGAUGGUCCACAGUGGCUUCAGGAUCAUUGGACUCUUCUCGCAUGGAUUUCUGGCAGGAUAUGCUGUGUGGAAUAUCAUUGUUGUGUAUGUGUUGGCUGGAGAGCAGCUGACCACACUACCCAAACUUCUCCAGCAGUUUAAUAGACUGGCUUACCCAGCACAGUCUCUGCUCUACCUCCUGCUGGCUAUCAGCACUGUGUCUGCCUUUGACAGGGUGAAUCUGGCUAAAGCCUCCAUGGCUCUACGAGGAGUUCUCAGUCUUGAUCCAGUGGCUCUCGCUUCCUUCUUGUACUUUGCUGCCCUUAUUCUGUCUCUAAGUCAGCAGAUGACCAGUGAUCGUAUACAUCUCUACCCCACAGACAAUGAGACACUUUGGCCACCUGGUUCAGAACAUCAGAUUCUACAGCCCUGGAUCGUAGUAAACCUGGUUGUAGCUCUGCUGGUUGGAUUGGCCUGGGUGUUUGUUGCUACACGGCCAGACAUGGACUACACUGAAGAGUUUUUAAUGGCAAUGGAAGUAGAGGAGUUUCCACGUCAUGAUGAGAAAAUUGAGAUCGCUGCCUGAGACUGAUCGAUGCUUUUCAUUUAUCAAUGAUAAAAAAAAUAUAUAUAUAUUUCAGAUAUUGACAUGGACUGUAUUAAUAAGACAUUAAACAGUUUUGUGUUAAACUAUUUGAAGUAAAUAUUUUGCAUUGUACUAUAUUUUUGAGCUUGCUAUAGCUGUAUUGAUACUUAUUGUGUUAACGGAUAAGUAAAAAUGUUUGUAAAGUUUCAUGUUGCUCUUUGAUCAUGGUCUUUUACAUUUUAUUUACUGUGAAUCUAAACUGUCUUGCAAAAUUUGCCAUUUUUAUAAUAGGAGUCAUGAACCUGUCUUGAGACUAUUAUGUUUUUCUGGGUAGCUGACAAAUAACAUUUGUCAAACAACUAUUUUUAACAUCAAGAUUUUAGGUUAGGAUAUACAGCAUAAGGCACAGUGUAUAUUUUUAGAAGUUUAACUGGUCACUUUUUUAGUCAGCUUUUAACUUUAAACAGUAGUUCUGUAGUGUGACAAAUUAAUACUGACAAACAUUUUUUAGAGCACAAACAUUCCAUGUAUUCUCAAAAUGCAUCUGAGGUAAUAAAAAUAUAUGGAUAAUAAAUAUAGAAAUAUUUUAAAGAUAUUCAAGUUUUAGAUGGAGGCUAUAGCAUGUCAAUGCUUGAAAUGUACAAAAGAGUCAUUAUUUUAGAGCACAGGUAACAUACACAUAAACACAACACAAAUCUGCCAUAUUAGUCCAGGUGAAAUUCUGUGAUUAACUGUGCCGUUGAAAUAACACAGGGGGCGCAAUUUCCAAAUAAAAGUUAAUGUGAUGAUCUCACAAUGUAAUUACUUAAUUACCUAAGACUCUUCUCAGUUUUGCUUUCUUGCAGAAAUGUGCAUCACGCCAUUAAUACAAAUUAAUUUGAUAAGAAGACUAAUUAAUUCUGAGAGGGGUAAAUUAUGAUUAAAUCAAGGGAUUAUAUUAUAUGAUAUCAUAUUAUAAUAUAUUAUAUACACACACAAUGUAGCGUAGAAAAUUAUGUCUUCUAUAAAAUAACGGCUCGUUUGCAAUGCAAUUCAUUUAUAUGUGUAGAGCAUUGAACUCUACAUCACCACUCCGCUUCUUUGAAUGAGAAAUUACGACUCCUACUAUGGCGAAGUCUAAACUCAUUAAUAUUAAUCAUUUGACGUAUCUGGAUGCUUCAGCAAAGCUACCGAAAUAUGCCAAGCGUGUUUAGAAAAAGUUAUAUAUGGUUUUACUAAUAUCCUCUCAAAUAAAAGGAAAGAAUAAUAUAUUAUAAAUGUAAUUUAUUUUCUUUGCUAAAUUUAAUAUAAAUGUAAGUACAGAAAACCCAACCUUUUGUUUUUGGUUGUUGAAAAAUAAAUUCAA